GCUAACGUAAAAGAGGGGUGUGUGCUAGCAUAUCAUUAAACUUAUACCAAUAUAUUCCACGUGAUAAUGCGUUGCCCAUUCGGUUUAAAGUACUUUUCCAAUUACAGGGGUAGCCGUGUAUCGGUUAGAUUGCAGCCGUGUUUGCUGCUUUCUAAGCGGCAUGUAUCAUCCUCAUCGGCUUUAUCUCCACCCGCUUGGAUUGCUCGAUUACGCGAAGAAUGUAGAUCCAACGAGAAAUCGAUUUCCUGCGAUAUCAAGAUUUAUGACGAGUUGUCGUGGUAUCGGAAACCGUUUAUAUUCGACAAGGAUCUGUUUGAUCCCGCGAAUAUGAGCAGUAUUCUGCGCAAGCGUCUCUGUCUAGGUGAUGAAAAUACGGAGUACACUGUGAUUGGAGAGGCAUUUCCCUUUCCAGAUCGAGAAGAUUCUCCUGUCAUUAAUGAACCGAGUAGGUUAUGCCGUCUGUUAUGGGAUCACAACAGUCCAACCGAAAAGAUCAUGAUUCAGCUAUCUGAACACUUUCCACCACUACUCUGGCACACUGUCAGGCCAUCUUACAGUGCUAUCCAAAGAGUAUUCAACGAGUUCCUUGAUGCCGACGCGGAGCACAUGAAAAAAUAUCUGCCGUACUACGAGGAGUUGCAAAAUGGGAUUGAAACUCAGACUAAAGAAUCGCUCACAGGAACUCUUAGUCCUUCAUAUAUUAAAAACAAGUACAUUGAAGAUAUGCGCAGCCGCGAUCCACGCUCAGUGGAAAUGGAUUACCCAUUAGAGCACAGCCUUUUCUUGGGCACCUCAGGGCACUUCCGUUUGAUUGAGGACCGCAUGAUGAAGUCAAAUCCAUUUGUUUUCGGUUGGCCUCUUCUUCUCAGUGAUGGUAAUGAGCAUCUAGAGGACACCCCAGUACGUAUGUGCGCCUUCCGAACUAUAUACUCUAAAUCUCUCUUAAUGUUUCACACAAGAUUGGACCUCCAGGUGGAUCACCGCCAAGUUCACCUACCAGGUGAUGACAAGGAGGAUAUCUUGCUUGAAAUGCCCAUUUUUUGCAACGUUAAUUAUCCAGUAAAUACACGAAUGUGCGGCGGGCGGCCGUUGGUUCAGCGCUUUAAUCAAGUCAUGAACACUUCUUAUCCUUUAGACACUCCUGUUGAUGUUCUCGCGACUUUUUCCCGCGAAAGCACGCUCAAAGGAACUCAAGAAUUGGUGGAGGAGCUGAAGUUUUUGACCGCGGCCUCAGAGCGAGCCCCGGAGGUUGAGCGUGUCUUGCACAUUUCAGAGAAUGAGCUUAGCUCCAAUCGCAUUCUUGGUCAACUAGCCUACACAAUCGUUUACUUGGCAUUAAUGAACUACACGCGUUUUGUGGAGGAUGUAUUUGAGGUGUAUUGGAGACACCCCAGUGAUCUGGUUCGAAUUGCAUGUGCGAAAGGUGCGCACAUCUUUGGACGCCAGGAUUUAUUAGAGAAGUUGAUUCGUCAAGAGCCUGAGGGUCGACCAAAGAAAAUGCUUAUGAAAACUAUGUGUUCAGAAGGAAAUGCGGCUUCGAUUACCAAGUAACGAAGGGUUAGUGUUGUUUCUUCAUGUUUUAAGUUAAUAACGAUAAUUCACAUUAUAGGUUCUAUUAAAGUUCUUCGAGGAUGCAUAUUCACUGAACACUAGCGAAUGAUCACUAUAUGCUCACA